ACUCCCAAGCAGAGAGUCAGUGGGAGCGCAGCAUCAGCCGCCUCUCUCUCCAGAGCGCAAACUCACUCUCAUCAGCAUCCCCACUUGCAGGUUCCGAGGUUCGCCAUCAAGGAUGUUCUACUUUCACUGCCCUCCUCAACUUGACGGAGAGUGUUGUCGCUCCAACACGCUUAAUUCCGGCGGUUUUGGAAACCACGCCCCGACUGAUUUCGACGAUGGAUUUUUGCGGAGGAAGCAACGCAGAAACAGAACAACAUUCACCUUACAACAGUUGGAGGCUUUGGAGGCUGUCUUUGCACAGACUCACUACCCGGACGUGUUCACCCGGGAGGAGCUGGCGAUGAAAAUCAACCUGACCGAGGCCAGGGUGCAGGUUUGGUUUCAGAACCGCAGAGCAAAGUGGAGGAAAACAGAGCGAGGGGGCUCAGAACCUGAAGCUGGGAAGGAGCCGCUGAGCGAUGGCACCCCUCCAUCUCGCAGCAUCAACUCUCAGUCUCCGGUGGACCAUGGCAGGAAACAGAAAGAACCUCUGGAGUUACAGCAGAGCAUCAACAGGACGGUGGGUCCAGGUGGUCCAUUCUUCCCAUCAUGUAUUCCAGGCACGCUCCUCAACUCUGCCACCUACGCCCAGGCCCUCUCGCAUGUCGCUACGCUCAAAGGGAAUGGUUUGUGCUCCUGCUGCGUCUCUGACCCCAUGGGCUUGUCCUUCCUGCCUCCCUACGGCUGUCAGGGAAACCGCACAGCCAGCGUCGCCGCCCUGCGCAUGAAGGCCCGCGAGCAUUCAGAGGCCGUGCUGCAGUCCGCCAACCUGCUCGGAGCCGCAGCCACACCAGGAGCCAGCGUGGGGGUCCUCUCCAGUGUGGGCUCGGCAGGGGUGGUCCGGCCCUCUGCGGGACCCGCCAUCGAGGUGCCCGGCGGCGGCCUGAGAGGGGGAGACAGCUCCAGCCCUGGCACGGCUACUAAAGUCCCGAUUCUGGGAGGCAGUCCUGACAAACAUCCUCACUGCUCCAAGGAACCUCUGGAGAAGAAGUGAGGAGCUGGACACAAACGUGGAUGUUGCUGAUAAUCUGUGAUUUUUUUUUUUUUGUGCCUCCUUUCUUCUUUUUCUUUUCUGCUCCGAACUGAGCAACAAAGCACAACUACUGGCUGACUCCAGAAAAAUCCUGGGACAGAUGUUUUGUAUGGAUGCAAACAAAUGUAUUUAUUUGAUUGUAAAGUAUCCUGCUGAGAAACGCUGAAUAACUGGGUUGUUAUUACGCUUGAAAAGACAAAACUUUGUUUUUUUUUUUACCUUUAGCCAUCUACAUGCACUCUUGGGCUAUAUUAUCUAUAACAUAGAUGCAUUAUGUGUGAAGCAGAGGCCUAUUUGAUAAUGUGAAUUUAAAUAAUCCUGUGGGGACCGUUGCUAACAUUUUGAAUGUCAGUGCAUGAAGAGUGUAUCAUUUUAUAAAGAUAAAAUGAUGGUAGGACUGAGGAUUUUUUUUAAGUCAGCAGUGACACAAAACAAUGAUUUCUAUUGAUUUUUUAAUUAAUUUAAAGUGAAAGUGCACUUUAGUAAUAAUCAGCUGUACUCCUUGUAAAAAAAAAA